AUGGAAGCACUGAUAAAAAAUAUAUAAAGCGCUUAGGUUAGUUAUUAAAUACUAGGAGAUGAUUCAUAGAUUUUGUAGAUUAUUCUUGGCUAAAAUUGUUAAAUAAUCUGCCAAACUGAUUCUAUUCUAACUAUGAGCUCUGAAAUAAAGAUGGAUAAAUAUAGAUAAAUUAAAAACAAAAACAAUGGAAUUUUUUCCAGAUUUUGGAAUUAUCUAACAGAAUUGUGCGAAUUGAGCUAAAAUGCAUAUUAUAAACUUAGUAACCCAACAAAUUAAAUUCUACAUUUAGAGCUAUAAAAAAGGUUAGGGAAAGUUCUGGUUUUAAAUGGUUAGUUAUUUAGCAACUUGAUUGUAAAAAAGAGAUCGCUUUUGGCAAUAUCUAGUUUUGAUGAUAUUGAUUUAAAAUGUCUUGAGUUUGAUAUAAAAACAAUAAAAAAUAAUGGAAAUUAUAUAUCAAAGCAGCAAUGGCUAUAAAUUAAAAAUCCUGAUCUAUACUUUUUUGUUUAAUCAAACAGAGCAAUUUUAGAAAAGGAGUUAGGUGAAGAUGAAAAAAUAAUUAUCAAAUAAAUUUGUCUUAUUGCUUUUUCGUAUACAUGUAAAUUUAGCUACGUAUAGAAGGAUAAAUCUGGAUACUUUGGAAAUCUACCAUCUGAUCAAAUAAUUCAAAUAUCAGGUCCAGGCAUAGUAUUUGUUUCAAAUGAUUAAAUAUCUCAUAGAUUUCCUCAUUAUAAUCAUAAUACAAUUUACCCAAAUUUGAACGAUAUUGAUUGA